GUCUUUAACUUAUUCUCGAGAUUAUUUGUUAACCUCCAAGUUUUGUGCCACAUUGUUAGCACCGGUAGGAUGCAAUGAUUGUACACUUUCCUCUUCAAUGACGGUGGUAAGCUCCCAGUCAGGAUUUGGCACUGCCUGCCGUAUGCACUCCAACCCAAUUUUAUUCUUCUGUAAAUUUCCUUCUCACGAUCAGGGUCCCCUGCGAGUAAUUGACCUAGAUAAACGUACUCCUUUACCGACUCUAGAGGCUGACUGGAGAUCCUGAAUUCUUGUUUCCUCGCAAGGCUAUUGAACAUUAUCUUUGAAGACUAAAGAACAAAAACAAAAGUCCCCUUACCAGGCUAUUGAACAUUACCUUUGAAGACGAAAGAACAAACGGCGCCUAAAUAUCCUCACUGCAAGAAAUACGCGGCUUCGAGUGCAGAAUCCCUUCAUUAAAGCGAUGCUUUCUUUCCCUUCCUCCACGGGGUUUGGCUUGUCUGCGCGGUCGGCUUCACGUCGCGUGAAGUGGGCCGAUCCCGGAGAUAUUGUAAUCAAAACUGGGCCGAUCUUUGAGACAGUGCAAUCUGCAGUCGCGUGGGUCGCGCGGUGGAGGUCACCCCGUCGUGCCCUCCUGGUGAGCAGGCACGUAUUCGCAACUCUGUAAAACGCGGUGCGGAACGCGAACAUUUAAGGCUCGUUCACACUAGGCCGACGCGAGCGCGAUGCCAAGUUAGCGCAAAACUUUCUGCGGCGGGAGAAGAACGCCAACAGUGCCCUUGCGCGUAUACUUGGAAAUGAAAUAAAAUUACGCGCAUCGUGUCUUGUCCUCGCAUUGCAUUUAAUCGAAACGGUAUCAAGCAUCGCUUGACGUUGAUUCCGACAAGUUCGUUAGAUGUCUGCCAUAAGCUUUAAUGUCGCUUCUGUUGAAACACAGGCAGAAGCUGAAAACGUCAUGUGAUAAUGCAUGGGACACUCCUUGCGUAAUAUCUGGAAAACGAGGCUAUUCAAUAUUCAGUUAUUUGCACCAUGUCCAGCAACACGUGGUUCGUACCUGUAUUUUUUUUUUUUUUUACAAUUCUUUUCUUUUUUUUAUCCUUGAAACAGCACACAAGAAAGUUCACAGAGUCCUGCUGCGUAAACCUUGUGCAGAAAGACAGACUCAGCAGUCCCGAGUCAACGAGUGCGCUAAACAGCUCCACUGCAAUGGGACAAUACGAUGAAGUUUGUCUGAUCGUUUAAUGUGGCCUUGGGUACUUUAAAUGCAAAUUGUAAAUAAGUAAACUUCACAUAUUAUUCUACCUUUAAUAUGACCCAUUAGCAGCUAUAUGGUAGAAGGCGAGGAGGAGUGUUGCUUGCUAGGUUGGCGAUCAGUACUUCGACCUAAGGCUUAAUUUCAACUCCGAAAGAAGGAAUUCUAUGCAGCAUCAGAUACUAUCGUCAAUAAUUUCCGUUAAAACCAUUCUGUGAACCCGGUUCGCAAGCACGUAAAUUUGAGAACUUUUUCUCUUACUUUAGUUUCCGAUGAGCGCGGUGUUACAAAACCGGAAGCCAAUGCGUUACAGGGAUAACCCGAUAACCAUAAACUGCUUAGCCCUAAAACCCCCACGAAAGCCUCCCCACACAACGAAAAUUUGAUGGCGGCACGAGCUGUCUAUGACACCACACCUAUAGGUACAAUCUGGUGUGAUCUAACGGCGUAGUACAGCCUAGACCCAACAGACGGACGUACCACUCCAGAAGUGGUACGCAAUCUCGCCAGGGCAGGUAGAUAUUGAGAAGAGCUGCGUUGGCAAAUAAUACCCGCUUCCUCCAGUGCAGGGUAGCAAACCGGACGUGCGUAUGGUGAACCCUCCCUGCCUUUCCUCUCUUCUAUUUCUCUCUCUCUCUCUCUUCCUGCGUUGGCAAGCCAGUGCGCCGCAGGUGCAUCCGAUGACCACACGUGCAUCGGCCUCGCGCUGUAGGCAGCCAGAUUUGCAACGAAUUCGAGCAUUACUUCCUACACCAUGGUGACUAAGAAAGACAUUUCCACCGUGCAAAGGAAGGUAAAUUGGGGUUUCUGCGAAGACUCUACUAUACAGAGGACGAGCAAAAGCGGCAUGCUACGCGAUACGCCAAAAAGGCAGUUCAUCAAUGAAAGUCAGUCCUUCACUAUUAGUGACAGUGACUUACCAAGCUCAGGAACAUUGGACACUGCUCAUUCAGCAAUUUCCUGAACUUCACCGCAAUACGCCAGCGUAGCUCAAUGGGCAGUAUUAAAUGCGAAGCAUUUCUUGGCGAACAUUUGCCACUUUGGCAGUAUCUAUCUAUCUAUCUAUCUAUCUAUCUAUCUAUCUAUCUAUCUAUCUAUCUAUCUAUCUAUCUAUCUAUCUAUCUAUCUAUCUAUCUAUCUAACUAACUAACUAACUAACUAACUAACUAACUAUCUAUCUAUCUAUCUAUCUAUCUAUCUAUCUAUCUAUCUAUCUAUCUAUCUAGCAGCCUACGUCUUGGUGCUUUCAUGGUCGUUUCGUUAACUUGGUAGGUACCAAAACUGGCAUAGUAUGACAAGAGUGUAUGACGAACAUAAAUGAUAGGUCAUGACAUGAAUGUCAUGACGUGUGUAUCAUGUAGGUCAUGAAACAGCCGCCUCCGUCUUGGUGCUCUCAUGGUCGUUUCCUUAACUUGGUAUGUACCAAAAUUGGCGUAGUAUGACAAGAAUGUAGGACGAACAUAAAUGAUAGGUCAUGACAUUGACAUGCGUGUCAUGUAGGUCAUGAAAUAGCGGCCUACGUCUUGGUGCUCUCAUGGCCGUUUCCUUAACUUGGUAGGCUCCCCGCACACUGCUUCGCAUAACAUCGAUUCCCACAGGGAGUGGGAUCUGCCGGCUUUUUUUUUUUUCUUUUUUUUAACAAUACAUAUAUUUCAAAUGAUUUGUCGAGUUACAAGAAGAUUUAGUUAGUAACUUCGAGAGUCUGCUAAUAACACACGCAAACUCGGCACUUAUUUGGCACGUCGCGUUGCAUUAUAACAAUGUUUUGGCAUUGAAGAAAACACUGCGAUAACGCCGCACUAAUUGCCAACUAAGUGCCGUAAAUGCGUACGUUAUUAGAAGGAAAUACGCUCUCAAUACUUCUAACUCAAACUUGUUGAAACUGGGCAGUUCAUUUGAAACGCAAGUUCUGACAAUGCUGCACCUUGAAUUACGCUGGUGCACUGCGGUGAAGUUCAACAGAUUGGCGAAAGGGGCAGUGUCCAAAUUUCCUUGGAAUGUCCGCUCAAUAAAAGUGCGAAUAUUGGAGGGAAAAAAACCUAUCAGGUAUAAAAUUAUAUUGACACUUUUAAUAAAUAAUAUUUCAUUUCAUGCAGUCGUAACAACUAGAAGAACAAAUGGGAUUAGAAAGUGUCAAGACACGCGCAGGACACAACGUUUCAUGUUAUAACGUGACCACCUCUUCAGAGAGACAAAUGCUUGUUCGUUUGUUCCUUAAUCAUUGAGACAUCUGAUCAAUUAUUAUAGUAUACUUCAGCGCAGAAGCAGACAACCGCAAGGAAACAGACACACAAACGGGACGGGCGCUGAAUUCCCAGCAGCGCUUAUACCAAAACGCCGCCUUACUACUUCGCCAGAACCUCCUCUCUCGUUUCGCUCUCAAUCUCAUUCUCGUCUUUCUCGCGACCGCAUAGAAUUACUAGUGGCCACUGACUAGCUGGGACGGAGCGCGCGUAUCUAGACUACGGUGGCUAGUAUCUAGACCAUGAGUGGCCACUGGAGAAGGGAGAGCGCUCGCCCGACCCGCUCGCAAGCAAGCACCCGGUGGCGCGGAACCUAGCUGGCUGUCAGCGUCAUACUCUGCCACCGAUGCCGCGUGAGCGACAGCGGUGCCGGUCGCUUCGGCUUCCGCGACGGCGCACACCGAUGAACGCUGCGCAAACACUCUCGUCUUUCUCGCGCCGGGAACUUCCGGCUGCACUCUCUGACGAGGUCGGCGCGCUUGGCGACGCAGGUGUCGGGAGGCCAGCGAUAUGUACGACUACGCCACUCCACCUCCGAUUAACCUUUCGGUCCUCGGAGCGAGACCCCGUUCGCCCAGUGCCGACAGCGAAGCGGGAGCAGCUGUCAAAAGACUCGAUUGCUAAUGAUUGUAGAUUGACGCGAAGAAAAUGGGAAUGCAAUUUUACGUCGCGGGACGCGCUGGUUGUAUUUAUAACUCGGCUAGGAAACGAUCCGGGUGAGUGAAAAGACUUUAACGCAGAGGUGAAGACGUCAAUCCUGGUACGUUACAUGCUGGGCUUGCUGCUGCGUAGCUGAGCCUUAACUGCCCAGUUCUUUCGUUACGCAAAGCAAAACUCGUGGAUGACGCUGUAGUACAUUUGUAUGGCUGUACUUGAAUUUUCCUUUGAAUUUUCUUUCUUCAUCUACUGUGUGUGUCCGCGUGUGUCAUGCGUGCGUGCGUGUUCCCCAGGUAUCAUCUCAAUCACCCACCAACCGUAGCAAGUUUGUUAACUUAGUUCAGGUUUCGACGCAUAUAACGUCGCGCAAUCUCCGGUUUAGAAGAAAGGUGAUGGUAACAAUGCAAGCUUACUUAUCGAAAACUCAGAAAACGUUCUCUCUCUUUUCUUCCUUUCCAACUCCUAUUUCCCCCACACCAGUGCAGGUAAGCAAACCGAAAUAUCGCAUGUGGUUAACCUCCCUGCCUUUCCUCUCUCUCUUUCUCUCUCUCGGAAAACGGAUUUUGGUGCUACACAAUAGCCUGAAUAGAGAGAGAGAAAUGAUGCAAAGAAAGACAGGGAGGUUAACCAGAGGUAGUUCCGGUUGGCUACCCUGAACAAACGUUUACGUGGCUUCGCGCUUAGGUAAAAGCAUAAGCAGCACGACUUAAGCGAGCGCACGGUGGCAACGCCCCCGUUAUUGCUCUGUCGGCCUUUUUUUUUUCAGCCGCCCAAGCGGUUUUGUAGAACAAUUAGUCAAACGGCGUCACCCUAAAGUCUGGGCAAACGUAACGGAGAGGCAGAUUAUAUUCUGUAAGUAUGAGUCCCACUAUAGCCAGGUGGCAAAGUUCACAAGACGGUCACAACAGUGAAGCUAUGGCGGAGCGAGGCCUGAGGCAGCUCACCCUCGUCCAUAUAUCAAAAGAAUAUGGGAAUUCCAUGCACACACCCGGGUGGCGAAGUGACGUCUCGCAAAGUACUGUGACCUGUCAGCCGGUUGCUUCGCUACGUCACAGAACAGCAAAGUGCCACGUUUAAUGACGCUUAUAUGACCGGAACGGAAAUCGUGAUAAGGCAAUCUUCUGUAACGCACACGCAUUUGCGGAGCUCGAUGCGCGCGGCCCGCUUCCCGUCGGGUUUUCCCCGGGAGAGCGGUCACUUUCGCUGCAACAGCUCCGGACUUACCAAGAAAUGGAAAGAGGAGAAUCAAAAAGCAAGAAGGCUGACUCAGUGGCUCUCUCUCGACAGGCGACAGGACGACCGCACGCCUGCGUCUCACCGGCCAUUGCACGAAUUUGACCUCAAUCUGCGACCGGGCUAGGAGGCGCAUCUAGACGAGUUGUUACGGACGCCCUAAAGUUCAAGAAACUCGAGUAUCCGGCCUUAUUGGCACGUCAUCGAGGGACGGCCUCACCGUCAAGUUUCGGACGCUUAUUUUACAACAUGCCGAAACCGCCUGCUUCUCCACCGGAAACGGCACGGCGAGAAAAUCGGGACACGUCAAGUUCUUUUCCACUUCGGCGCUCUCGCGCUAAACACGAGACAGGCGCAAAGAUGAGAAAUCGUUCCAUCAAAACAGCUCGCGCGCGCACGCCCGGUGGCCAAACGUGUCGUCGAACCACAACAAACGGCUCGGCUUUGCUUGCGACUCGGGCUCCGCCCGCUCCGUCUAUACACACGCGGCCGACGCUCCGCCGCUCUUAAGCCCCUCCGAAGUUUGCCGCCGCCGCAAGCUUGCGAGAGAGUGCGUGCCGGAAAUAUCAGGGUUGGAUCGACGUCAGGUCGCUAUUGCGCCAGCGGUUCUUCUCUCGGCAGUGCGCGGUAGCAGUAGGCAGCGUAAAAAAGAAGGCGCGACCUUUGUUUGCGCAAGCACGUGGCCGCGAUUCCGCUCCGGGCGGAGCGCGCGAAAGUAAGCGUCGUCGUCGUAGUCGUCAUCGUCUGAACCAGAACGAAUCCUCGAAACCGAUUUCCGCGCGCGCGCGCGCGCGCUCGCGAGCAACGCGCCAGGUUGCGUCACCGCGCCGGCAUGAUCCGGAGCUCUUGACCAAUGGGAGCCGCGGUGCAAGUGGGCCACCGGCCGGCGACACACAUCGGCCGCGCCAACAAGAGCCCCCACUCGUGGGCGCCGGCCGUCAGCUGAGCCGCAGUCUUCCUUCCGACCACAACAACCUUCCAUUCGACAGAUAUGAAAGCGGUCGUGGCGCUGCUGGCAGCCUGCUGCCUAGCAGCCUGCUGUGAUGCGGGACACAUCAUUCCGUGGCUACACAUCAGCAAGAGCAUAUUUAUCAAGCCCGUCAAAUACGUGUACAAGGAGAUUCCAAUCUACAAGACCAUCCCGGUGUACAAGACCAUCCCCGUGUACAAAACCAUUCCCGUGGUGAAAGAGAUCAAGGUGGUCAAGGAGGUCCACAAGGACGAGUGGCAGGACGAGCACAAGGACGAGUGGCAGGACGAGCACCCCACAUACUCCGACGGCUGGAAGGGCCAGUCGGGAGGCGGAGGCGGCUGGGCCUCGCCCGGAGGUUGGGAGUCCUCCGGUCCGUGGGAGUCAAAGCCCUGGGAGUCUAAGCCGUGGGACUCUGGGUCGACAGAGCUACAGCGGCGCAACUCUACGGCAAAGGAUCACCACCGUACGAAAGCAUGAGAAUGUGUGCGCGUAUAGCUCGUCUAGGCACGUUCAGCUAGUCGCGGCGGGCGCCACAGGUAGCACGCGUUAGCGCGUGCGCUUGUUGACCGUCCCUGGCCGCCCAGGUGAAAGCGAGCAACAGUUCUUUCAAAUGUGGCGUAAAAAAGCCACCGCCUACCCUCCAACCCCUACCUCCCCCUCAUACCCCAACACCCCUCCCCAACCCGUCCCUUCCUAUCAUAUGAAGCGAUUUGAUGUCACAGGGUCUACCGUACCUUUCGCAGAACAGUUUCGUCAUCCCUUCACCCCAUCCGCCAUUCCCUCUCUAACACUCAUCGACUCUAUACUAAUGAAGCAAAAAAAAAAAAGAAGAAGAAGCUGACAGCUAUGUCGUUCCACUUCUAAGUCCGGUAGAUGGCGCAACAAUGUGUGCCUUGGCCGACGAGCAAAGGAACACAUAACGUAUAGCCUUUGAGGCUGCUUAGGAUGAGCUCAGACGUUUGAUGGUAGACCGACAUUCGCGACUUCGUCCUCCCUUUUCCCUACCCGUCGCUUUUGUGUCGUUAGUGUUUUGUCUCCGCAAAGCUGGUCCAGACGGUGGUCCGUUGCAGGAUGGCGAUUAAGAUUUGUACAUUCGAUUAACGCGCUCGCAGCAACACCUCCAUACUAUAUAGCACGGCAUUAGACCAGAGAGCUCGGACUGGCGGAUGUUCUUUGUCGUCGUUCUGUUUUCGACGCACACCUCGUGAUUCUCGGUUCAAGAUGAGUGUGUGACGAUGACUACAGGCAGAGAGACAGAGCAACAGCCGAUCUGCGAGAUGAUCUCCUGGUUACUCAUCUGCCACCUUCACAAAGCAUCGUACCAAGUCCCAUGCCGGACAUUAGCAAAUCUACGGUAAACGAUGAAACGACGCCUGUGUGCCCCGUGGUAAGAUUAGCUUCCACGGCGGACUCAGCACACCGCCUGGAGGCGAUGUCUUGAAGAGAGAUGCCAGCGGUAUCCACACGGACGAAGCAGAAGCAGCUUUCGACGAGCAAAGGAGUCGUGAAGAACAUUGCAACGCACCCAAAAGUGGGACAAUAAAAACGAAAACGACAACGCUUCGGUGUCUUUCAUUCGCGGACCUACUAUAAGCGCGAAACGUGAGGGAAUUCACACGCCUUUGAGCGUAACCUAGAGUUGUCACCCCAUUAUAUACGCCAACACGUAAACGGUGGCUGCUCAAACUCUGAAGUUGUAGGGACAAAAAAAAAAAAAAAAAUACACCGCUCCGGUAAAACCUAAGAAUCAACAAUGCCAAAAGACAAACAAAAAGAAGCUGUAUUAGAAAACAUGAAAAUUCCGCACACAAAUUGAAGAACAGAUUGAGAGGAGGCUUUUAGCUCGAACUGCACUCUCCGAUUGACCGAAGCCAACACAGCAGUAGGGAGAGAUACUAAAAUCUAUAUGAUGUGUCAUAUCUGGUCAUGUGGUUCAGCCGCUUUCGAGGCCUCACCCAAAACAUCGUAAAAGCGCUGGGCUACGAAUGGAUGCAAGAACGAUUAAGCAGCACGACAAAGCUAUAGAUCACUGAUUCUGCAGCAGGGUCUCUGUCCAAACGUAACAUCUUCGCUGAUUCCCAAGUAAUCUUCACUAAUGUUGUCGAUGUAAUACGGCAGCCUUUCAUUCGACAAGGUCGACUUGCACCGAUGGCACGUGUACAUGGCACGUGUCCGAUGGCACGUGUACACAACUGAUUGUGCUGCAAAUACUUCCUCUCGUUUUGUACCAAAACUGAAUGACUUGUGUUUUGAGAUUCCUUUGGUUCAUCAAUGCUCAUCCUUUGAACCUUUUUUUUCUUUUUUUCAUCAAGGCUUCACAUGACAACAUAAAAGCGCAGGGGCUGAUCACUCACGCAAUACUGUUAUUUUGGUUAAUUUUGGUAAGAGUUUAUUUAAUUUGAAGGCAGAGCAAACAAGAUGUGAUAAUAAGGAAUUAGGACGGCAGUAUGGCCUUGACCUAUAUCAUCAUCAUCAUCAUCAUCAUCAUCAUCAUCAUCAUCAUCAUCAUCAUCAUCAUCAUCAGCCUAUAUUUAUGUCCACUGCGGGACGAAGGCCUCUCCCUGCGAUCUCUAAUUACCCCUGUCUUGCGUUAGCUGAUUCCAACUUGCGCCUG